AUGGCGGACAACGACAGUGCGAUCCAUUUGCAGCGUCUCUCAAGGCCCCCAACGGAGUCGGACUCUGGACACAGCAGCCAGGACGAGGCGCCGAGGCAUGCUUCUCGUCAUCUGCCGCGUGAACCUGCUUUUGAGAAUGAUCAGCAAUAUGAACUUCCAGCAUACUCAAGAGCCACUCCGGGAAACCAGUCGAUAGGGCGUGGUCACAGCACAACGCUCCAUCGUUCGGGAUUGAUCACCUUUCUCACUCUUCUCUUUGCAGGCCUGGCAAUCUAUUCUUGGGUGAUUCUCGUGAUUCUGUCGUUCCGCCCUGUCAGCACCCGCUCCUGGGAAGCAAAUACGAGUCAGUUACACCAAUAUCCGAAGCAUCUUGACUACGGCCUGGAUGCGAGUCUCUACCGCUCAGCUAGAGUCAUUCAGUCUAUUCUCAGCGUGAUAAUUCUACCAUGGACAUCGGCCGUAUGUGCCCAUGCCGCGGUCAUCUUUGUGCAGCAGCAGAAGGAUAGUAUGGGAUUGACUAUGCGGCAAGUCAUGACCCUAGCAGACCGUCGGUGGUUGGAUUUCUCGUUACUCCUCGAUGUAUGUGGCGGUGCUUGGAAACAACAUGGCAGUCAUCUUUUACUCCUGGCAAUCACGCUCCACUUCCUUGGCGCCAUCAUCUACCCAAUACAGUCUAUUAUGGUCAACCCCAAAACUAUCCAUACUCCAGUGUCCGCCAAUGACAUGGGCGUGGUGGGCGACCUUUCUCGUCCAUCAUCUUACUACGACUCGACCAGUGGCAGCGACGUCGUUAAGACUCGCGGGGCUCUUCUCAGUGCAGACACACAUACAUGGCAGCCACAGCUUUGGCAAGGCCAGCAAGGACCGCAGCUUUCAACUUUUGAGAACUUUUCGGCAAUGACCGACCCAUUCUAUGCCCAAGUCCCCAGCGGCUUCCACACAGGGGUACUCCGCCAAUUUGCCAUGCGUAUCAACUCAACUGCUUCGUCUCGCUCUAUUGAGGUCGACGAGUUUCCGUCCGAGUGUGACACAGCUUCUGACGCAUUUUUCGCUAACUACUCAUCACUGACGGUCAACGGAUAUUCACCGCAAGUAUGGGCACUUACCGCUUGUAUGCCCAAUGUCACCAGCCGCUCGCCCUGGUCAGAGACCCGAAAUCGUCAAGAGUUUUCCGAGUCACUCUAUCUCAACAUAUCUAUCCAAGAUCCGACUUAUCCAAUAAAAGGCAUGCCAGCCGACGGCGCAUUGUAUGAAAUAAAUCUGAGAACGACUGCUGGCUACUUUGAGCUACCCAACUACAUGAACAAUGGAACACCGGGAGCGCUGCUCGAGAACGAUCCAAGUCCUGGUUGUGGCACAAACUGCAUGCGACAGGUCAACCGAGAUCCGUAUUGGCUCCACCGAGUGCGUCGGGAAGAUACCGCCAUCGGAAACGCAACCAACUACAUAUCUCAGACUGUUCCGUGGACGCCGUUAUGGAUUGACAACAAGGGACCCCUGUUGACAUCGGCACUUGCCCUAUUUGGCCCAGGUUCCUUUUUGGACACAUUCUUUGCUUCAUUCAACGUCAUCCAAACAAACCUUCACGACUCCGCUCUUGACCAGGAUGACAGCAAUUACAACGGUAAAAGCGUCUGUAUUGAACUUGCGCCUCUGAUGAACCUGUUUUACGCCGAGCAGUCGCACUACACUCCGCGAGACACAUGCAUUUCACUCCACCUCGGCUCUUACUAUUCCCGCUAUACCAAUGCCCACUCCCUGGUGUCCGAUUGGCUCUCUGGCAUGUACAAUUCCGCAUGGAAUAUGCCGAAUAUCUUCACUACAGCCGCGUUUCUUUCCAACAAGCAAUGGGUUGAAUCCAUGCAGCCCACAUACGCAAUUUAUCAAGAUUUUGGGUCUGAAACGGAAGUUCCAAAUAUUAGUCUGGCCGGCCUUAUUGUAGUCACCAUACUUCUGGGUCCAUAUCUCUUCCUCCUAUGUGCACUCUCUUGGUACGGGAGUCUGACCCCACGCUGGACGCACCGACUUGACUCAUUUGCCAUGCUGCGCUUCGGUGCUGCAUUAGGGGAAGGGGUCUUCCCAAUGUUUGUUGCGCGCAAAAUAAAGGACAUCAAGGAGCUUGACGAGAUUCCUGGCGUGAUUCGUGACGUGGGUCCGGUUUCAGAUAAUGCUAUUAUCCCUAUCAGUCGGCUUGGCCUUUGGGAAGGGAAACCACUGCAGAAUCUCCGGAGAUAUGAGUGCUAUGAAGCAGACAGUGAGUCUAUGACAGUGAGCGAGCAUAAUCAGGUGCGGCGCGGUGGUCCCAGAUAG